AUGAAUGAGGGCUGCUUGAGAAUGCAGGAUCCGGGAACGACGACGACCACCACUGCUGCUCCUGGCACAACGACAACCAGUACUGCAGGUACAACGACCACCACUGAAGCCACUACCACUACGACAGCCGUUCCAAAAGCCUGCUCAAAAUGCACCGCAGAUAUGCUGAUGGCGGUUGACCCUGGUGCCGAUCCUCAUCCCUUCGAUAGUGCGAUGGUGGUAACGGCUGAUGGUUGCGCGACUUUCGUGAUGGUCUGCUCGACAGAUGUGCCUGAUAUCGAUCCGAGCAUCGAGAUCAACGGUGGCACGCCUGCCUUCCCGACUAGCGGUGGCACGAUGACCGGCACAAUAUACUGUAACGAAGAGGGAACGGGAUGGAUCUACCCGCAGGACGGCGGGACGGCAAUCACCACCUACGGAUGCAGUGCACCCACUUGCGCUGAGUAUCCCGAUCUAUGC